CUCGCACACACAUCCCCAUCUCAUCCCCGCCCCUCUCCAAAAAAAUUUUAGAUGAAAGGGCUUUUGGAUUUUGGAUGACGCUCCGAAUCACGUGUUCAUAGGAAAUAGGCUACACUCGCUAUAAAUUUUUUUUUGGAGCUGCCUCGUCCUGCGCCGCCGACCAUAGUUGUUUUGUUGCCGUCUCCAUACAGUGUGGCUGCGGGGUGGAAAGGUAAUGUAAUGUAAUGUACCUUGCCGUGGUCACUGACGGGUUCACGCCAGUUCACCGGGGUUCACUUGAGGAGAGCUCCAACCCCCUGCUCGCCUCCUCUUCUUCUUCUUCUUCUUCUUCUUCUUCUCCAAAACGCAACGAUCGGAGCUAAUCCAAUAUUAUUCAUUGAUAUAUUAAUGUCGGAUUCCAUUUUUCCCACCGACUGUUGAGGUUUCCUGGGAGCUGCUCAACUCGUCCAUGUGACAGAAGUCCUGACGUGGCUGAGGGCAUGAAGCAACACUGUGACAUCACAGUGGCUGGUCCAUGACACUAAACUCCAUUCAACCCUCUCCACGCUCCACCCGCCCUCUGUUCUCAUCACACCCAACAAGCAAUCACUCGCUCUCCCAUCUACACAGAGCUGCACAAUGGCCAGCAAGAGGAAAUCCACUGUACCCUGCAUGAUACCAUCCAAAUCCAAACAUGUGCGUGAGGAAAUCAUACUGGGCUCGCUUCCAGAACUCCUACCAACAAUCCCAGAAGACAGCAUACUCAGCAUCUCCGGAGGAGAGUCUGGCCAUUUCUCUCACAGCUCCUCCAAAUCCGAUUGUGGCAGCGAGGUGCAGAAAGGAGGCGCAUACAGCUGUCCAAAGUGCCGUUUCGAGUCCAGAGAUCUAAACUACUUUUUGGAUCACAUGCACAAUUGCCACUUAGACUUCAGGGCUCAGCCCACUUUCUACUGCCUGAACUGUGGGGUGUCAGUUGUCCGCUUUGAGGCUCUGGCUCUGCAUAACGCUACUGCCCACCCUAAGAUAAUGGAGGGGUUGGUCACGGCCUCCCUAACUGUCAACAAGAGGGACGGAGUAACAACGGUGGAGCAAAGCCUCUUCACAGACAACGGAGACAUCUACAAAGAAUCUGGGAUCUCCCUCACCAAAACCCCGAUUGCAAAGAUGAUGAAAGCCAAGGGGGAACACAAAAAGAUCGUGGUCUCUCACACCGUGGAGGUACGGAAGAUAGACACGGUAAAGGAUGUAGACCCCAGCAUGCUGACAAAUGUGCCUGAACUCCAAAACGGGGCUCUCAGUCUUUCUGGCGCCCCGGCUAUGCCGAGGACCACUGUCGCUCAUGUGAUGAAGACGACAGUGCCCAACCAAGUCUUUCACCAGCACACUCCCUCCCUUUACUCCCCCCCUUCUUCUGGUUCCAAUAAAGACCUUCCAAAGGUGAUGAUUCCUCUCAGCAGCAUCCCCACCUAUGAUGCCGCCAUGGACACCAGCAGCUUUCUCAAGACCUCCUUUGGCAAGUUCCCCUACCCGACCAAAGCCGAACUCUGCUACCUAACGGUAGUCUCAGAGUUCCCAGAAGAGCAGAUCAAACUGUGGUUUACUGCCCAGAGGCUCAAGCAGGGCAUAAGCUGGUCUCCUGAGGAGAUCGAAGAGGCCAGGAGGAAGAUGUUCAACACAGUGUUCCAGGGUGGAGCGCCCCAAAAGCAACCUGCUACGCAACGGCACGUGAAUCACAUCGUAACCCACCACACCGUCCACGGAGGCUCAAAAGGACCAAACUUUCAGAUGGCCAAAGCACCCUACGGCACGAUGAAAACCGGGCCCGGCAGAGUCGCGACCACACAGGCGAGCAUGUCGACGAACCCGAAUGUCACCCGGGUUUCGUAUUCUACUCCAAUCGUCCCCCCAAAGUUUCCAUCCGUGGUCAGAACAGCACAGGUACUGACCAAGAAUACUCGACCCACCGCGGAGCCGGAGAAGAGCAACGGCCUCGGCCCGGACAUGGCUGGAAGCAGCGGUUGCAUCAGUAGCACCAGCAGCAGUCGAAGCAGCAGUAGCAGCAGUAGUUGCAGUAGUAGCAGCAGCAUUAGCAGCUAUUCCGGCAGCAGUAACGGUGGCGAGACGGCCGCCAGGAAACUGGUGCACGACAGCAGCCCGACCAACAGGGUCAACAGCGUCGCCGCUUGCUCCGCCAACACAAGCAAUAACGCCGAGCACUGCGCCGCCAACGCCAACAGGAAACCAAACGCCCAAAGCAACCGUUCGCCCAUCGGAUUGGAAGGUUCAAACGGUACCAAGAGUCAAGUGAUCAUCGACAACACCAGCAAAUCCAACUUCACCUUCAACAAUCACAACAGCAUCAGUCCACAAGAGCAGGGCCACGCCGCGAAGCCUGACGACGAACGCACCAACAACAUCCACAAGGCCACCAACAACAACAACAACAACAACAACAACAACAGCAGUAUUAGCAAUGACUACCCGAGUACUACCUGUAAUGACAAUGUCCCGAACCUGAACCACACCAGCAAAUCCCCACCUGAAAGCACCAGCACUACUGUCAGCAAAAGCAGCCCGUCUAUUUUAAUUGAGGGUAAAUGCAACCAGGACUUUCCCAUAAAGGGAAUGUCCAUCUUACAGCAACUCAUCAAGGACGAGGACCCGUUUGCCGGGGACAGAAGCUGCCCGGAGCUGAAAAUUGAGCCCAUCAAGAUCAACUUCAAGAGGGUGAAGCUGAAUGAACCAGACACCACAUGUGAGAUUGUACGUCAAGAUAAUAAGUCUGAGAUAACCGAGGUGUCUACUUCUCAGCCGUCUUUCUCGCCCCCGGGCCAACAAGACCCCCAGCAGCUGCAGAUCCUCCGGCAGGUUGUCUUCAACACCCGCUGGCCCGGCAGGAAGCAGUACGAGGACUUGAGCGUCCCAGACGGGCCUCCCGAAGCAGAGGUGGUGCGCUGGUUCAGCGACAGCCGGUACAGUCACAAGAACGGGCACCUGAAGUGGCUGGACGCCUAUCAACGACCGCCCGCAGGUACGGAGGACGCGAAGAGUCCCGGAGACGCUGGAGCCGAGUCCCCGAAGAACUCUCCGGUGGCCAAAAUGAAACUUGUUGAGCAAGACAUGAACAAGCACCUUGAAGGAGACGCGGGACUGAACUCAGGGCAGCGGGUUGUGUGGCAGGAUUCAUACUCGCCGCUGCUGGGUCUGAUGGGGUCCGAGGGGAUCGUCGAGCGAGGCCGAGCUGAGGAGUCAGCGCAGCCGGGAGUCCUGCAGGAUCCCUGGUCAGAGAGCGCAGAGGACCACCAGCAGCCGGUGGCCAGUCAGUCACUCAUUGAACAGAAUGAUGCCAAUCAGGCCAGGGAUCGCCUGAGGAUGGAGCUGCUGGAGGUGUGAUGAAGAAGCAGGCCCAAUCCCACCAGAGGAACGUGACGUUUAAAAAGGCUGGUUUGCUCCCCUGGCCGUGCUCUAAAAAAAUAAAAUAAAAAAUAAAAAAAAGAGUGUUCAUAAUGACAGCAGAUGUGAUUGUAGCUGGACCGUUGGACUCUGACUGUAACUGUGAAUACCCCUCCUCCUCCUCCUCUUCCAUCACUUCCUGCCAUCGUCAAAAAGAAAGAACUUCUCACCUUUGAGUCCUGUGAUGUUUAAGCCUUUCAUGCUUCUUUGUGGUCGUGUGGGGAGGGUGCACAAUGAGGUCAGUACGAGGGAUCAAAGAAAAGAACGAGAAGCGACGCACACUGACUGGAAAACUGACUUGAAUGAGGGAAGAUCGGAUAGAAUAGAACCGGGAGAUAUUGUCGUUGGGUCAGAGGGAGAAAUAUAUAUAUGAUUGAAACUGCACUAAAGAGGGUUUGUACCAACUGGACAAACAAACGAUGUGUCAAGGAAACGUUGUUGUUGGCUUUGUGAUAUUUUUUACUUUUUUAGCAACCAGUACUUCAGCACUGCCUUGAAUUUUACUUUUUCCGUUAUUUUUUCAUUUUUUUUUCAAUUCUAUUUACUCUUCUAUAGUCACUGUAAGUCCAGAUGCAAUCAAACAUGGUUUAUUUAGAUCUGUAUAAAUGUUGGUGAUCACUUUGCAGUUCAGCUACACGCAAGAGACUAUAUACACACACACACACACAAUGCACUAAUGAAGACAGCAAUGCUAAAAAAAACUAAAAAAAAUAAUCACUGCCCCACAGCAAAAGUAUUGACCGCUCCGUCAGAUCAAUACACUACACUGCCCUGCAAGCUGGACAGAGAAGCCUGCCACGCUAACGUUGCCUUACUCAGCCCUGUCCGUGUGUUUUUAUGACCCGUCUGUCCAUCACCUUGCUUUCCAGCUACUGUGCUGUCCUAAAAAAAAAAAACUCAAAAAAAAAAUACAUGCCAGUGCAUCAAUGGUCACUGUUCGUCUAUAUCUGUGAGAAGAAAAAAAAAAAAAAAAAAAGAUAAAAAAUAAUCUUGUGCUGCUUUCUGUACACUUGGAGAUGUUUAACUUUAAGCUGUAAUUGUAUCAAAUAGUGUCACUGGCUUAAAAAAAAAGAAGAAAUGUUUAAAACAAAAUUAUCAAUUUGAUCCCGAGACACUGACAGAGUGAGAUAUUGUGCUAGCUAGAGAGCCAAAUGAGGAGAUCCGUGCUCUCCUCUGAAUUUUCUUGUGUUUAUAUAAAACAUAACUGUCACUACAUGAAUCCUAUUAAGCUGCAUCUUGUCGAGCUGCUAAUAGCUAAGAACGGUGCUAUACCUUCCAAAGUGAAAUUGGAGGUUGAUCUCCUACCAGCAGUGUAUGCACUUGUGUCGAAUGUUACAAAUUUAUUUUGGUUUGAGACAAAUGGAAUCUGGACUUACGGUGUCAUGAUCACUUAAAAGAAAAAAAGAAAAAAAAAAACACCUUUUAUGAAAUGGUCUGAUCAUAAAGCACUGUUGUAUCAUCCUUUCUACACUUCUGAAUCUUUACAGAAUAAACUGAAUACUCACAAAGCA